UAACGUUAUAAAAACUAGUUUGAUACAGAACUAUAAAUAUCUACACCUUUCAAAAUUUCAUUAGUUCAUAUCGACAAUUGAAAGUGAAAUCAUGAAAUUACUGUUGCUAAUAUUAAUUGGACUGGCCGUCGUUGCCUCAAAGGUAUCCGAUGACAUAAUCGAAAAGUGGGAAAACAAGAUAUCUGCGUUCAAAGACAAAUGUCUAAAGGCGCAUGGAGCAGAUAGCGAAGUUAUUCAUAGCAUUAUUAAACAUUUGAAAUUUGCGGACCAUGAUCAAGGUACAAAAUGCUUUUACAAGUGCAUAUACCUCGACCUCGACGUCUUCGAUUCAAACGGUCACUUCAGUGCAGAAAAAUUCGUAAAAACGAUGCCGUGGCUUGCACAGGAAUCUGCCUCCAAAUGCGCGACCCAGACAGAAUCUGAGCAUGACGACAAGUGCGAGAAAUCUUAUCAAAUGGCGAAAUGUAUUUUAAAUGAUCUCUCCGCCUGAAAUUCAACAUUACUAUUACCAUAAUAUGCUAUUAUUAAAAGUUGGAUAUAAUACAUAAGAUGUAGAAUUUA